AUGGACUCUCUAAGAAGCCGUUUGGAGCAUUCAGUCACUCGCAAUGCUCUUCGAUCAUACCUUGCAGAGUUCUUGUCUACUUUCUUCUUUGUUUUUGCCGCUGUUGGAUCCUCAAUGUCUUCUAAGAAGUUGAUGGGAAAUGCUGCAUCAGAACCUAGUGGUUUGGUUGGCACCGCGAUUGCAACGGCUUUCUCCUUGGCGGUUGCUGUUUAUGUUUCAUCCAGUGUUUCUGGUGGACAUGUUAAUCCGGCUGUGACUUUUGGAAUGGCGAUUGGAGGCCAUGUUAGUAUUUCAGUGGCAUUCUUCUGCUGGAUUUCUCAAAUACUUGGCUCUGUCAUGGCUUGCUUGCUUCUGAAAGUUACAACAGUAGGACAGCAUGUUCCUAUGCAGGGAAUGAUACCUGAUGAAAUGACUGGAUUUGGAGCAUCAAUCUUGGAGGGCAUGAUGACAUUUGCAUUGGUGUACACAUUUUAUGCAGCCGCUGAUCCAAGGCGGGGUCCCAUGACGGUCAUUGGACCUUUAGCCAUCGGAUUUAUAGCAGGAGCCAACGUAUUGGCAUCUGGUCCGUUCACUGGUGGAUCCAUGAAUCCGGCUUACUCAUUUGGGGCUGCAUUGAUUGGUGGAAGUUUCAAGAAUCAAGCAGUUUACUGGGUCGGUCCCCUGGUUGGUGCAGCCGUCGCAGCACUGCUGUAUGACAAUGUAGUGUUUCCUCAGGGGAGUGAUUCUUUGAGGAGCAUUGGUGAUGGAAUUGGUGCCUAA